AUAGAAAACGCCAAUGUAUAGAAGUGAAAUGACCCUGGUUAAAUAUUAUUCUCUUUGGUGUGAUGUGAAAUGUGAAUAGAAGAUUGAAUUGAAUUGAUUGAAGCGUUUUAAAAGUAAUAAAACUUUUAAACUGUAACGUUGUAAAGUUGUAACUGAAAGAAACAAUAAUAUGGCUGAUACCAACAAAGAGUCAACUGUUACAAAAGUGCCUAUGAUAUAUGUAUGUGGAGAAUGCCAUAGAGAAAAUGAAAUCAAACCAAGAGACCCCAUCAGAUGCCGUGAAUGUGGUUACAGAAUAAUGUAUAAGAAGAGAACAAAAAGAUUGGUGGUGUUUGAUGCUCGUUAAUAGUAUGGUAAUAUUGUUUAACUCUACAUUAAGUGGUAAUAUUGGAAAUAAAAAAUAUUUUUUUAUUAA